GCCGCUUCGUGUUCGAUUUUUGCAAAGGUCACACGCAUCGAGAUGGCUACCCGACACCCAACGGCUGUGUUUAGCCCGCGCAAGGCGCUCGCGCGGCUGCAGGUGCAACCCGCGCCGUCGUCCGCACUCGGUGCCCUCGCCGAGUCGGAGAAGGACGCGAUCAUUCUCUACUUGCUCCAGAAAGUCCGCGACCAGCAGACGAUGCAAGACGCUACCAUCAAGUUUGGAGAGCAAGUCGCAGCCCAACUCGUGCUCGAGCAGCAUCGAGCGGCAGAAGCCCACGAAGCCACCAUCCGAGAGCUCCAGGACCAGCUUCAUGCAGCUGUGCACGACCACCCCGAGGUCCGCCGACUGCAAAGCGCAGUCGCCGAGCUCCAAUUCGCCCUCGACACGGAGCGCCAUAAUGUACUCUCAGCGAUCCAAAAGUGUCGGCGCAGCCGCGAGCGCGAGAAGCAGCUCAAAAUGACCAUCGAUCCGCUGUGGGAGUAAGCCGUCUGCGAUUGCUUUUUAACACAAAAGUGUGAAUUAUUAUCCAAUG